AUGAAGGGCUAUGGGGAUGUGACCUGGUCAUUGUACAUGGUGGAAGACACCGUGUAUGAUGUAUCAAUUGCUAGAUACUUUUUAAUAUUCGUCUCAUUUCCAAAAUGCACAUUUUUGGUCAUUUCAGAGUGUUUAGAAGACCUAACUUUCUUGAACCUGAAUAACAACAAGUUGACAACCUUGCCUGAAGAGAUAUGCAGGCUGGCACAGCUCAAAUAUCUUACUGUGAACAACAACCAACUUGAGAGCAUUCCAAGCAAACUUUGUCUCCUACAACAUCUUUGUGAACUGCAUUUAGCACACAAUAAACUCAAAUCACUUCCACAUGACAUUGGAUUUUUGACUAAUCUCAAGAAGCUUUCUGUGCCAAGGAACAAAAUCCAGGUGCUCCCUGAAGAAUUGUGCGUACUAAGAAACUUGAAAGUAUUGGAUGUUGCUGGAAAUCAGUUACAUAUUUUCCCAACAAAGUUACUGCAUCUUAAACUGGAAGAAUUCUACUAUGAACAGAAUCCUCUUUUGGAAAAAGAUCUUAUUUUCUCAACACAAAUGAAUGAAGUUUUAACUCUUCAGGAAAUUGCAGCACGAUAUAUCUUGAAUGGACUGAGUGGUAAUUCACUCACCAAAGCUCUUGAACAUUAUCCAGAAGCAAGAAAAAUAUUGGAUCAUGCAAGCUUAUGCGCUGUAUGUAAAAGUAGCUUUCUGAACACCUGGCUUGAAUGUGUGAGCUUUGUUGAUCUAGCAAGGAAAAUUAGCAUAAUUAGUCCUGUUCACGUUGUUCCCAUCCGAGCCUUGCUUUGUUCGUACAAAUGUUUUAAUGAAUCAGGUCAUCAGUUCUAUGGGAUAGCAAUUCCAUAAGCAAUAUAACGAAACAACAUGAAGAAAUUGAAGAUCAACUUCAUGAACUGGAAAUAACAUAUGUUUUAGAUUGUGUUUUAAGGAACUCACAAUGAUAAAGAAUGGACUAUUUACAGAUGACAUAUUUCCAAAAUUCUCAAUCCAUUGUUCAGUUUUAAUGUUAACUAAUUAGUGAUCCACUUUUUGUGAGAAUGAAAAUGCAUGAGUUUCUGCUUAGAGUAACUGCCGUGUUUUAUCUACAACAGAAUUUUUUCUUUUUUUUAACCUCUGCCACCUGAUGAAUUGGAAUUGGAGCAUAAAAUUCAAGACGCACAUGCUCAGAUAUGUUGCAUUUAUUCCAUUUAAAUUAUUAAUUUGUGUCCUGUUGGACAUGUCUGUAGAUACCGACAAGAUGUUUUCUUCAGUGCUUUUUGUAGUGUUUAACCUCAAAAAAAAAUCAAAGGACAUCUGUUUGCAGCUAUCUCUGCAACUAUCAUAAUUGUUUACUAAAAAUUAUUUUCUAGACGAAUUGGCUAAAGUUUCCUAGAAGAUAUUUAUUUUCACCUAAGGUGCUAAGUGCAUACAACGAAGACUAGACUCCUUUGUACUCCAGUGUUGGACUGCAAGAAUAAGUGGGGAAUUUUUAGGAAAAGAAAGUCAUAUGUUCCUCUUUCAGAAAAGGUUUUAAUCCAACAUCUAUUCUUCCUUCCCUCCUUUGAUUCCAACAUACUAAGUGGAACCUGAAUGCUUUUCCUCAGGAAAUGGAAGAUCAAAUAGGAGAAUCAGACUAUGUUGUCUCACAUUUUUCAGCUACAUCAGAGACAAGAGAGGAAUUGUGGAAUGAUAUUUAAGAUGUCCAAGAGGAGGCCAGCUGUGGUAUGCCUUCUUUGUAAGAGUACAAUUUUAUCUAAAUACUCUAAAGAAAAGAGGAAUCAGUACAUAUGUGCAGAUAUGUACGUGAUUGUGGGUGAGGAAAUGGCAUAUUUGAUUAAAUCAUGUCCAUAUGGGGUGGACAUGAUGUUCUAAAUGGAGUUUUUGAGUACCUGUUAUAUGUUUAUAUUUUAUCAGAUAAAAGUGUGAUCACAAACCAGCCAAAUCAUAGAAUGGUGUAGCACAAAAGGAGCCAUAUCUAUUAUGCCUGUGCUUGUGCUAAGAAAGAUCUAUUCAAUUAGUCAAAUGCUGGAAAUAUUCAACAGAUCUGGCAGCUUCUAUGGAAAGAAAAUGAGAUGAUAUUUUUUGUUGAUGCUGACCCUUCAUCAGAAUGGGACUGAAGGAUUGUUAUCAACCUGAGGCAUUAACUCUGUUUCCAGCAUUUUCUGUUUUCAUUUCCUCCAUCUGCAAUAUUUUGUUUUUGUGGUAGUCUCACUCCCUUGCCCUUUCUCUAUAGCCCUGCACAUUUUCUCCCUUCAAAAAUUUAACAAUUCCAUUUUAAGAGAUAAUGUCAAAUCAACUUCUAUCACACUUCCAAGCAGUGCAUUCCAGAACUUGGUAAUGAAAAAAGUUACUUUGAGUAUAUGAUUUGUGAUUACAGAGCCUACUGCCACUGCAAACAGUUUCUUCGCAUUUAUUUGUCAACCCCUUCAAAAUUGGAACACCUUUAUUGAUUCUCUCAUUAAUUCUUGCAGUUCUAAGGACAAUACGCAAGCUUCUCUUGUCUCUCCUCUCUAAAUUCCACCUUCCUCACACCAUUCUAUUAAGUCUCCUCCCAUUUUAAAAAAAGUUAUUGAUAUCCUUCCUAAAUAUGUUUGUUUGAGAUGCGUACAGUACUCCAGUUCAGGCCUAAUCAGUGAUUUAUUUAGCACAUAAUUUCCUUUGUCAUGUACUCAGUGCCUCUUUUACAAAUUAAAGAGUUAAUAGAGAGAAACUACUUUUGUUGGCGCAAGUGUCAGGAACUGCAGGAUAUUGUUUUAAGGUGAUUAUCAAAAUAACCUGAGGAAAAGCUGUUUCAUAAAGCAAAUGGUUAGGAUCUGGAAUGCACUGCCUGAAACUGGGGUGGAGACAAGACUCAAUUCGAGCUUUGAAAAAGGAAUUGGAAGAGAGAAUAUUUUCAGUAAUGCUGUGCUGUAAUGAUUUUUAAGUUCUAUUUUCCUGGAAUUCAAAGCACUUCUUAUUUGAAGAAUUUGUACAUAUCCACUCCCAGGUGUUUCUGUUUUGCCAGCCCUUUUAAAAUUGUGCUGCUUACUUUAUGUUUCCUCUUCUAACUCUUUAUGCAAAAUGGAAAUCUUUGCAUUUAUCUGCAUUACAUUGUUUCAUUUGUCUGCACAGUUCACAAGCCUAUGUGCUCCUGAAGUCUGUCACAAUUCUUCUCACUGUUGAACACAUUUCAGAGUUUUGUGACAUCUGCAAGUUUUGAAUAUUGGAGACUUACACCUGUAUACCCAACUCCAGAUCUUUAACAUAUAUUUUGUACAGCAGCGGUCUUGAUGCUGAUCAGUGGGAGACAUCACUGUAUAACUCUCUUCAAUAUAAAAAACAAUUAUUAAGCAUCAUUUUUCUAUUUUCUGUCCCUUAGACGAUUUUCUAUCCAUGCUGCUGCUGCUCCUUUAAUCUCAUGAGUUUCAAAUUUACGAACAGCGUUUGUGUAAAACUUAUACAUGUCUCAGUAUGUUCUUUAUAACUGGGUAUACUUUCAGGGAACGUUUGUGUUUUUAAGCAAUG